AUGGAUGGUCCGGUGACAGCUCUAACCACUCAGGUCGAUGACCUGAACGCUCUGCACGAGGCUGUACUACAAGCGUACUACCAACUAAGAAAAGAAGGGGUGGUUGUGUCAUGUGGUAAUGAAUACAUGAUUGCGAUUGAAUUCGAUGGCCCUGAUGGCGGAGGUGGAAUCUGCGGCGAAAUGACAUAUGUCGACAAUGAUAAGAAAGCUCAAGCUGUUGUCAAGGGUCGCGGCUGUGUCCAAGCCAGACAGCUAGGGAGAAAUUUCUUGUCAGGAGAGUCAAUAAUCUACUAUAACACUUCGCAAGAAAGUGUUUUCUUUGAUCUUCUAAUGAAGUACAAGCGAGGAGCUUCGUCGUCUGGUGGAGGUAUGAUUGAUAUGAAGUCCGGCCUUCCUUUGUUUGAGGUCACGAUUUCCAAGUAG